CACCAGCACCGAAAUCACCGACUUCAUGUGUCGAUGUUUAAAAGAAUUUUGUUCAUGAUACAAGUUGAAUGAGUUAUUAUGGUGUUUUUUAUGUUGCGCCAGAUAUCUUUUUGACUACAUACUAUAUGUGGUAAUGUUGGUACACAAGAAGGAGCAAGAGCGUCGAAAGGCAGCAAGUGUAGGGCCAAGAUGGAGACAGUUGUAACUUUUUUAUUGGCCUAUUAUGUUUUGUAACAAACUCUGAGUAUUUAGUUUGGUAGAGUUAGUGGUUUGGGUAGUCUGGAAUUAAGCGAAGACGUGUUGUCUUUUGGAGGUCCUAACUCCUCGAAAGAUAGGUUUAUCUUUGUAUUUUCGCAACAGCUUUCUCUUGUAUUUCAUUUCAAUCGAAUAUAGACGCAGUUCUUUGGUUUACAAGUCAUAUUUUGUUGUUACUGCUGUGAUAUUUAGUGUCAUUCGGCUGUGUAUCUACUGUGGUCUAUCAUUGGUAUCAGAGCAGUGACGGUACUGGUAUGGCCAAGGUGAAAAUGGAGGGAUGAAAAGAUGCUUUGGAGAAGGAUAUGGGGGAAAUGAAAUCUGUGGUUGGAGGUCUGAAGGACGAUAUGGACACGAUAAAGCUAUACUUGGCAGAGAUGCGUGACUUCUUGAAGGUCCAUGACACCUCCUCAUGGGGAAAAGACAAGCUGGAGGGUGAGUAUUCUCAACCACCAGAGGUUUUCUUGGAAUCACGCACCAUAGGAGAAGGGAAGUUUAACCAUCGGAAGCUUGAUUUAUCGAUAUUUUUCGACGAUGACCCUGCGGGGUGACUUUUUCGAGCAGAAAGGUAUUUUGCAGUGAACCAGGUGGUGGAAAAUGACCGCAUAGCUGCUACGAUGGUCUGUCUGGAAGGGAAGGCCCUCAGCUUGUUUCAAUGGGUUGAAUCACGCACUCUUAUUGUCACUUGGCAGGCUUUUCGUUUGGCCUUGUUGAAAAAAUUUCGUAGCUCUCAAGAGGGGACUGGAUAUGAGUGUUUGGUGGAGUUGAGGCAAGAUGGCACUAUCGCUGAGUACCGUGAGAAAUUUGAGCAGCUGUCGGCGCCAUUGAAAGACAUCAGCGAGGAGAUGUUAGCUGGGAUAUUUGUUAAUGGGCUCAAGGAUGUUAUUAGGGUUGAAGUUAAAAUGAGCCCAAAUUUGUCCUUGAUGGACCUCAUGGAGUUGGCCCAACGAGUAGAAGAUAGAAACCUAGUUUUGGCCCAAGCCAGAGCCCGACAACACCACCGUUUUUUCUUAUCAGGAGCAAGUCGUGGCAGCGCUUUAUCAACAACCCUGAUGAAAUCGACAGAGCUUCCACAAGCUUUGCCAUCCACUAAGGCUGACGUUGCUACUACUCUGGCCUUGCCAGGACUAAAGCACGAUUCUGUUUGUCACCUGUCUGAUGUAGAAACUUAGAGGCGGCGUGAACGAGGCCUUUGUUUUCGUUGCGACGAAAAAUACCACCUAGGUCAUCACUGUAAAAAUCGAGCCCUACGAGUGUUGCUUGUUUCUGAUAACGAAGAGGAGGAGGAAGCUACAACAGAUACCCCGAUUGAAGAAACCCUUCCAACUGAAGUUGCGGAGAAAAACAAUUUAGAGCUCUCGAUGAACUCUAUUUUGGGACUGUCAACCAACAAGAGUACACUUAAGGUGCAUGGAUUACUUAUGGGCUGCGAAGUAAUCAUAUUGGUGGAUAGUGGCGCAUCCCAUAAUUUUAUUUCACCGAAAGUGGUUUCACUGCUGGCAAUUCCAGUGUUUAGCCAACGAAAAUUUACAGUUCAAGUCGACAAUGGAGUUUGUGUUACGGGGGCAGGGUAUUGCCGUGGAGUCAAAUUUGUCGUGCAAUAGGUGGAGUUCAGUGCUCACUUUCAUGUUUUUGAUUUGGGUAGUGCAGAUCUAAUAUUGGUUAUAGCUUGGCUACUAUCUCUGGGUGAUAUUUCCACUAAUUAUCAGCAAUUGACUAUGAAUUUCAGUAACGAAGGGCGAAUUGUUGUAUGGCAAGGAGAUCCCUCAUUGUCAAAAACUGUAAUUUCACUCAAGACUAUGUUGAAAACAGUACGUAAUGGAGAUUUGGGAUUCUUGGUGGAGUUUGGAGCUUGUCAGAUUACAGAGUUUGGGGAGUCUCAGGUGUCUAACAACCAGAUUGCUAAGGAGACCAGUGGCAUUCCGUUGGAGUUACCAUCGGAGUUACGAGAUAUUUUGCUAAAGUUUCCUUCGGUAUUUACUGUUAAGAAGGGUUUACCAAUGGGGUGACUUCAUGACCAUGCUAUUGUUCUCUGUGAAGGGGCUUCCCCACCAAACAUUUGGCCCUACAGGUACCCCUAUUACCAGAAGAAUGAGAUUGAGAAGUUAGUACGUGAAAUGCUAGCAGCAGGGAUCAUUAAACCCAAUAAUAGCCAUAUUCUAGUCCGGUUCUGUUAGUGAAGAAAAAAGAUGGUGGGUGGAGAAUGUGUGUGGAUUAUAGGGUUUUAAACAAGCUGACUUUACCAGAUAAAUUCCCCAUUCCAAUCAUUGAUAAACUCUUAGAUGAGCUACAGGGAACUACGAUAUUUACGAAACUGGAUCUCAAAUCUGGUUACCACCAGAUUCGUGUGAGAGAUCACGACACUGAAAAUACAGCAUUUUGGACACACGAGGGCCAUUAUGAAUUUCUUGUUAUGUCAUUUGGCUUAACUAAUGCCCCUUCAACCUUUCAAUCGCUGAUGAAUGCCAUUUUUCAGCCACACCUUCAUAAGUUUAUUUUGGUGUUUUUUGAUGAUAUUUUAAUCUUCAGCUUGGAUUUGUUUA